AUGUCAGGCAGCAACAAGUUCUAUUUGGAUUGUCCUUACGAAGAAAAGGAUCAAGUCAAGGCGCUAGGAGCUCAAUGGGACGGUUCUGCAAAGCAGUGGUUCGUUCCGCGCAAGCACUAUACAAAUUUGACCAAAUUCAGCCACUGGAUCCCUCACAAUGGUCGUCUCUACCUGAUCUGUCCCUUUGAUGAAAAAGAUCAAGCCAAAGAGGCCGGUGCCAAGUGGGAUCCACAAGCAAAGGCGUGGUAUGUUCUGGGGCCCUUUACGGCCAAGAAAAUGAAACAGUUCUCGAACUGGUUCACCGAUGAAGGUUCUGCCAAGUCUGACAAUACACCACCAGCCAAGCCCAAGGCGUCCUCUCGAGGAAACGCCGAUGAUGCCGCGACACUCAAGAUUAGCGACAGCAUGACAGUGUCGCAGCUUCAGGAAGAGUGCAAAACGCGAGGCAUCAAAGGCCUCUCCGGAAAGAACAAGGAUUGGCUUUUGGAGCAAUUGGGCGUCGGAUCAACUUGGCAAACAAUGAGCAUGAAAAUGACUCCUGCUGCUAACAAAAAACCAGUUGCUAAAACCAAGGAAACUCCCAACAAGAAACCAGCCGAAGCCAAGAAAAAGCCCGCCGCCAAGGCCACUCCGAAACAGUCGGCUACUAAAAAAGGCACAUCAGUCAAGAAGAAGUCUCCCACUGCGUCAUCCACCCGCGAAACAAAGGAUAUUGACCUUGCGAGUCUACCAAGAGUAUCCACCAAGCUGACGGUCGCACAGCUCACGUACGAGCUUCUACACCGACAACCCGAUACCAAGGGAGCCUCCAACAAACCCAAGGCGUGGUUCGUGGAGCAGCUGGGUGAGCAUUCUAUCUGGUCCACAAGUCCUCAAGCCACGGAACAAGACUUGUCGAAUCUGACCCUGGUAUCUUCCAGCCAGACCAUUGCGCAACUGACCCACGAAAUCAUGGCUCGGCAUCAACAGGCCGGACUAGUCGCCAAGGGACUCUCGGGUAAGAACAAGCAGGACUUGCUCAAGAUGUUGGGCGUGGGCAGCAUUUUGACCACUGGAGCUGUAUCCAAACAAAGUGGUAUUACUCCUGCCAAGCCACCAGCUAAAAAGAAAGAACCAUCGUCAGUCAAGGCAUCCAAGCCGAAGGAUUCCACAACCAACAAGAGACCUCCCAAGCCUGACUCUGUAAAGUCCAAGUCGGUGAGUACCAGCACUCCGUCAACAAGACCACCUGUAGCUGCCAAGAUCUCAUCGUCAUCUGCCACCGUGACUGUCGCAGACAAAGAAGAUCAAAAUCGAGUAUUAGUGGUCCAGGUCAAGAAGGCGGCGGCGGCGGCCAGAAAGACAACAAGAAAACCAGAAUCUGAAUUGUCGUCUUCUGGAGCGAGCAACGAGGGUUCCAAGAAAGCAGAGGAAGUGGCGGAUGUUGUGACCCCAACCAAAACCGGUAGAACCAAUAGUGCUACGAAACGCAGACAGCCAGAGUCGAGAAAGCAGCCGUCUCCUCAUGUUGUGACAUCCUCAUCAAUCUCAAACAAAAAAAUCAAGAGGGAAGCUGAGGUUAUUUCCAUUGAUGAUGACACGGAGGCAGCAUCUAUUCCAUCUGCCAAUGUGAAGAAAGAGAAAACCAACGAAGAAAGACACAGGAGAAUAGUCGGCAGUACCUUUCGUGGUUGA